UGCAAGCCAAGGACCUUGAAGAUGGCGUCAGGAACGAGUUGGCAGCAAGACUAUUAUGGUACUGGCAAUUCAUCCUCUGGGCCAGGGAAAUAUAAUCCUGAAAUAAUAUCAUCGAAAAUGUCUUACCAGCAGUCGAGCCUAACCACGGAAUAUACCAAAGAUAUGCACCUGAAAAUGAGCAAGAAAAUAGCACAGCUUACAAAGGUGAUCUAUGCACUCAAUACCAAGAACGACGAGCAGGAAGCGGACCUCCAGGCCCUCAAGGAGGCACAUGAUGAGGAGGUGCAGCAGAUCCUGUCAGAAACCCAGGAGAAGAUCCUGGAAUACCAGAUUCGCAUCGAUGAGGAGACUGACCUGAGGCGAAGGCUCCAGUCGCUGGAGGAGUCUGCUGAGCUCCACGAGCGGGCCAAGCGGCAGGCGCUGGCUGAGUUUGAGGCCUACCGGCAGCACGUGGAGGGCUCCCAGUUAUGCACUGAGGUGCAGCACACCCAGCAUAUCAUCGCUGCCUCUGGCGAGGCCGAGGAGAUGUGCCGGGACUUUGAGGAAAGCCUCCAUGUCUUCAAGCAGACCCGGUCCCGUCUGGAGUGUGACAAGUGCUGCACCUUAGAGGAGCUUCUCCAUGCCCAUGCCGAGGAGCCUGAGGAGCCCAGCCUACUCCACCGGGCUGAGGCAGAGUCCUUGGUGGAACUGAUGGAGGGCCUCCGGCAAGACCGGCAGCGGCUGGCAGAGGAGUAUGAGGCCCGGCUGUGUGAGGCCCGGGCCUUCUACGAGCAUGAGCUGGAGGCUGCCAAGCGCACUCAGCGGUUGACUGCCGAAAGCCUGCUGGCCUGGAAGAAGACAGAGGCAGAGCUCCGGAAGGAGUUCCAGGUGCAAGAGGCGGGACUCCAGCGGGCACUGGGAAAAAUGCGGGCAGAACUGCAAAGGGUGCAGGAGGAGGCCCGGGAGAACUGGGAGAAAUCCAACAGACAGCAGACCUCACUGAACACUGCUGAGAGCAUCAUCCGGGACCUGCACAGGCAGCUGGAUGAGGCAGUGCAGGAUAGAGAGAUUACUGCAAUUCGGCUGCAGGAGACUGACUGUGAACUGGAAGCAUCCCGGGACAGAGUCCAGCAGCAGGCCACAGAGAUCCUCCUCAAAGCCAGCCAGGUUGGCUCUCUACAAGCCAUACAGGUGACCUACGAGGCAUCCCUUCGUGAGCUGGAGCUAGAGAAGUCCUGUCUGAAGGAAAAAGUCCAUCGGCUGGAGGAAGAGCGAGGGGCAGUCCUGAGCAAGAGCCAGGCACUUGAUGAUCAGCAGAAGGAGGAGAUCCUUGCCCUGGAGAAGACACUUAGAGGGGAGAAGAAAGCCCAUGAAAAGGAGGUAACAGACAUGCGCCUCAAGUAUGAGAAGGAAACAGUUCGUCUGAAGGAGGACCAAGCCCACAUUUUAGCAAAGCUGUCUGAGAAGCAUCAGGCCAUGCUGGAGACCACACAGAAUUCCGCUGAGAAGGACAAACGUCUUCUGCUGGCUGAGAAGGAGCAGCAGUUUGAUAAAGAACGAUUCUCAUUGGAGGAGCAGAAGACUUGUCUCCGAGAACAACUGGAAACCCUGGGCCAGGAGCUUAGCAGUAAGCUCAACACAACAAAUCAGGAGAUGACACACCUGCAGGAGAAGGUGCAUCAGGGUGAGCUGGCCUUCACUUCAGCCCAGAGCCACAUUGCUAGUCUGAAAGCAGCCCAAGAGAAGCUGCUGACUGAGCUUGAUGCCACCAGGGCUCGACUGAGGGAGACCAGCAACCUCUUGACUGCACUACAGAGUCAGAUGGAGACCCAGAAAGAGGAGCAUGAGGCCAGGCUCGUUGCUGUGAAAACUGAGGAGAAGCUGAAAAUGGACAAGACUGCCUUGGAUUUGGAGCUCAAAUGGACUGAGACCCUAAGACAGGAGUGUAAGAAACUGAGGGAGGAGUUAAGGGAAGAACAUGAAGAGGAGAAGCGGGCGGCUCUGGUAGAGCUGUCCCAACUGAAGGACCAGGAGAUGAGUGUUGCUAGAGAGGGCUGGCAGAGGAGAGGGGAGGACCUGCUGGAGCAGAUAUCACUGCUCAAACAGAGCCUGGAGCUGCAGCUGUUGCAGUCCCAGAAAUCCCUGCAGCAAUUACAGGCCCAGUUCAGUCAGGAAAGGGAGCAUCUGAGCCAGCAACUGCAGGAGCUGAACCAGGAGCACCAGCAGAGGGAGCAGGGCCUGAAAGAGACCCACCGUUAUGCCACCCGCAGACAGGAGGAGGCUCACCAGCUGGAAAUCAAGGAGCUGGAGGCAUGUCUGAGACUGAAGCAGAAGAAGGACCUGCAGUCGAUGAGAGAGGGGCACCGGCGGAGUUUGGAGACACUGCAUCAGCACUCAGAGCAGGAGCUUCAGACGCUGCGCUUCGAGUUGGAAGAUGAGGGCAAGGCCAAACUGGCAUCCCUGCGCUCGGAGCUGAAUCACGUCCAUGCCUCAGCCAUCGAGCACCUGCGCCAGACCCAGCAACAGGAAACAGCUGCUGCCAAGCUGGAGCUGAAUCACAUUCUGGAGCAAACCCAGAAACAAGAGAGGGAUCUUACGGGACAGAUUGUGGAGCUGCAGGAGGAGCUGAGCAGCAGGAGGAACCGUAUAACCAACCUGGAUCAUGAGAUCCACUCUCUCAAUGAGACCAUAAGCACACUCACCAAGGAGUUGGAGCUCAAGGGCCAAGAAGUACUCAGGAUUCGUAGCGAGGCCAGCCAACAAAUGAGGGCCCAUGAGCAGGACCUGCUGAAGAAGCAUGAGAGGGAGAUGGGCGAGCUGAAUGCAACUCACAGCAAGGACAUGCAGAACAUGCUGUCAGAUUUCAACAAGGCUCAGGAGCUGCUGAAGGACAAGAUCUCUGCGCUGCAGAUCUUGUAUGUGUAUGUGCACAUAUGUGCAUGCCCUUGUAGGCUUGAGGGUACAGAGAACAAAUUCCGGAAAAGAGAGAGUCGGGCUGAGGAUCUCCAGGCGAUUGCGGAGCUAAAGGACAUGGUGUCAGAGAGGGAAGCACUGGUCAAGAAGCUAGUGGAUGACAAAAAAUUCUAUCAGCUGGAGUUGGUGAACAGAGAGACUAACUUCAACAAAGUGUUCAACCCCAGCCCCAAUGUUGGCGUCAUUAACCCCCUCGUAAAGCAAAAGAGAAAGAAUGACAAGUCAGGGAACAGAUUCACCAGCUCUCCAAGUCUAGGCGCUCUGGAAUUGUCUGGGACAGGGAGAGGGCCUCCCCCUCCCAGCCAUCUAGACCCUGCCCCCAACUCCCCAAUUCACCACCCUGAGCUCGACACUAUCAAACCUGUGUCCCCAUCAAACCCUCCUCUGAAAGAGUCCACCAAACUCACGAGCCUUCCUGAUAAGGAAGAGUCACCCACGGCAACACCUGACUCCCAACGACAAGAGUGGUUUGCUCGAUACUUCUCCUUCUGACCUUUCCUCCAUGAGGCAGUUGCAAAGCACAUUUGUGAAAGUCCAGAGUGACUGCCCAGUGAUAAACCAUUACACUGUUCUUUACUUCACUCUGAACGAUGUGUAUGUACAGUGAUGAUAAGUACAUCAGACAUGGCCUCUGAUGCCAUUUCCCAUUGAGUGGUGCAUUAAUAUUUAAUAUUUCCUUUAAAUUCCAUACAGGAUCUCAUCUCCAUACCUUACUUUAGAAAUGCACAGGGAGUUUGCUACUGUUGCAUCAACAAUUUUAGUAGAACAGAACCAUGAUGAUGUCUUGCCGAAUUUUUAAAUAAUGUGAUAAUUUAUUUUAUAUUAUAAAACUCAUGAUUGUUACAAUUAAACAACUGACAUUUUUUUGUGACAUUGUUAUUGGUCAUCUUGAAUUUUGCUACUGUUCCAUCAACAUCAGUAGACAGAAUACAACCUUGCCUUAACAGAUAUUAUGAUGUCCCGCCGUUAUCAAACUUUGGUUAAAAAAUCAUAUAUCAAACAUUGGUUAAAAAAACAAAAACAUUAUGGAGUUCACUUUGGAAUUACUUGGAUUUCUGCAUUAAUUGCUCAUUAAAUGUGGUCUGAACUGCAUCUAAGUCUGCUUAAACUAAUAACUAAUAAUUAUACUUCUUGUCAAUCCUGAAUGCAUAUAUUUAAAUAUUCAGUCUUGGUUGGAAAUAGUAUGUGAAUGAGUAAUUAAUGCAGAAAUCUAAGUAAUUCCAAAGGGUUCACAAACAUUUUCUUGAAACUAUACAUAUAUAUAUAUAUAUAUACUGUACUCCACAAUUUUAGAUUUGUAAUAAAACAAUUCACAUGUGGUUGAAGUACACAUUCCCAGCUUUUUAAAGGGUAUUUGGUUCCCUCAUGCAGAAAUUACACUUUUUAUACAUUUCAAUUGCUUCCUUAGUGCAGGUAUAAGAAAGCUUUCAGUAUUUAUUUUGGAUUCUAACAUUUGAUUGCCUUUGGAGUCUGAUAUUGUUGUUUCUUAACAGGAGGACCAGAGUUGUGCCAAUGAAAGUCAAGGAAGCCAUUUAGAAAUGCUGUAUUUUCUACAUGAUGAAACUAAAAU